UUGAGAGCAGCUCGUGCGGCGGACCCGAGCUGAGCUAGCUCUCUAGAGGAGGCUAGCGGCCACACGCUGGAGGACAUCGUCCCCGGAGUGUCCCUGUCUGUCCCCGGUCCCUCGACAUCCCCUCCCGCGGCCUCUCCGUCUGCGCACCGCCACGCUUGAGCCGGGCGAGCACAGGGGGCGGUGGGGGGUCCAGCGCGGGGCGAGAGAGCGACCAGCAUGGACCCCCAAGCGAAGGAGCGCAGCAGCCCCGCCGCGACUGGGGGCUUUAGCGCGGGGCGGCUCGCCUCCCUCGGAGCCGACGGCGGGGAGUCGGAGUCCGGAGCGGGCUCGGAGGAGGCUGCCGUGGGCUGCUGCAGCGACACGUUCAGCAGCCUGCCCGACAUGGAGCAGGAGAGCCUGGAGGAGAAGCUGAAGGGGCUGGCGUUCCGAAAACAGACGUCGUAUCGGAAGGCCAUCUCUCGUUCAGGCCUGCAGCACCUGGGCCCGCCCCAGCCCGCCCUACCCCCCGCCUCCAAUGGGCCCAACAAGGAGCUGAGGACCUGUGUGGACUGGACGGAGAACGCCAUGAACGGGGAUCACCUGUGGAUGGAGACCAGCUGCUCGGGAGAGCUGUGCUACCUGGGAGAAGACGCCUGCCUCCUGAAGGCCGCGAAGUCGGCCCCCAGGAAGAAGUGCGCCGCCUGCAAGAUUGUGGUUCACACGGGCUGCAUGGAACAGCUGGAGAAGAUCAACUUCAGGUGCAAGCCAACGUUCAGAGAGGGAGGAUCUCGCUGCAUCCGAGAUCAGAACAUGCUGAGACACCACUGGGUGCACAGAAGACGGCAGGAGGGCAAGUGCAAACAAUGCGGAAAGAGCUUCCAACAGAAGUUCUUCCACAGUAAAGAAAUCAUCGCCAUCAGCUGUUCCUGGUGUAAACAGGCUUUCCACAACAAGGUGACGUGUUUCAUGCUGCACCAGAUCGAGGAGCCGUGUUCACUGGGGGCGCACGCCGGCGUCAUCGUACCGCCGUCGUGGAUCAUCAAAGUCCGGAAACCACAGAACUCGCUGAAGAACUCGGCCAGGAGAAAAAAGCGGACGUCGUUCAAGCGCAGGACGAGCAAGAAGGGACUGGACGAGUCCAAAUGGCGGCCGUUCAUGCUGAAGCCCCUUCCCUCCCCCCUCAUGAAGCCCAUCCUGGUCUUUGUCAACCCAAAGAGUGGAGGCAACCAGGGCGCCAAGGUGCUCCAGAUGUUCAUGUGGAUCUUGAACCCGCGGCAAGUCUUUGACCUGUCUCAGGGUGGCCUUCGAGAGGCGUUGGAGUUGUAUCGGAAAGUGCCAAAUUUGAGGAUCCUGGCCUGCGGAGGAGACGGCACGGUGGGAUGGAUCCUGUCCACGCUGGACGAGCUGCAGAUGACCCCCCAGCCACCGGUGGCCGUUCUUCCUCUGGGAACAGGAAAUGACCUCGCCAGGACUCUCAACUGGGGUGGGGGCUACACGGACGAGCCGGUGUCGAAGGUCCUGUGUCACGUGGAGGACGGCUCGGUGGUGCAGCUGGACAGGUGGAACCUCCAAGUGGAGAAGAGCGCCACCCAGUCUGAGGACGGCACUCACAAGCUGCCUCUCAACGUGUUCAACAACUACUUCAGCCUGGGUUUUGACGCUCACGUCACCCUGGAGUUCCAUGAGUCCAGAGAGGCCAACCCUGAAAAGUUUAAUAGUCGCUUCCGCAACAAGAUGUUCUAUGCAGGAGCUGCCUUCUCUGAUUUCCUCCAGAGGAGCUCCAGGGACUUGUCCAAGCACGUCCGAGUGGUGUGUGAUGGCACCGAUCUGACUCCAAAGAUCCAGGAGCUGAAAUUCCAGUGCAUUGUGUUUCUAAACAUUCCCAGGUACUGUGCGGGCACCAUGCCCUGGGGGAACACGGGCGACCACCGCGACUUUGAGCCGCAGCGCCACGACGACGGCUGCAUCGAGGUCAUCGGCUUCACCAUGGCCUCACUGGCGGCACUCCAGGUGGGAGGGCACGGCGAGAGGCUGCACCAGUGCAGGGAGGUGAUCCUCACCACGUUCAAGACCGUGCCUGUUCAGGUGGACGGCGAGCCGUGUCGUCUGGCUCCGUCUACUCUCCGCAUUUCUCUCCGCAAUCAGGCCAACAUGGUCCAGAAGAGCAAGAGACGCACCUCUGUGCCCCUGCUCAAUGAUAUUCAGAAGGUGUGUGCAGCUGAUCUGCGCCGCCUCUCUGCUCCCCCUGACUCCUUCUCUGUUCCCCACGCCGUUCCGGAUCGCCUGCGCCUGCGAGUGAACCGGAUCAGCCUGCAGGAGUACGACAGGCUGCAGUACGACAAAGAGCGACUGCGGGACAUCUCCAUCCCAGUAGGAAUCGUGGUGGUGAGGGGGGACUGCGACCUGGAGACGUGCCGACUCUACAUCGACAGGCUGCAGGAGGAUUUGCAUCAGGCGCCCUCUGCAGGCCACAGAGUGCACUACCAGGAUGAGAGCAGAAGCGUCCCCAGGAGCACCUCGGCUGGGAGACUGUCUUCGAACUGGAGCUUCUUAGAUUCAACAUCAGCCGACCGCUUCUAUCGCAUCGACAAGGCUCAGGAGCACCUGCACUUCGUCACGGAGAUUUGCCAGGACGAGGUGUUUAUCCUGGACCACGAGGGGCCUGCGGUGGGCCAGGUGUCGUCCACGGGGAUGCCCGACCUGGUGGUGGAGCCAAACACGGGCACUCCUUUGACGCCUGAGGAACAAGCAUUGUUGGCAGCCGCCAGCUCGGGCGAUCUCUCUAUGUUGUCAGAGUGUGUGCAUCGUGGCGUCAGCCUGCUGGUGCGAGACUCUGGAGGUUGCUCGGCGUUGCAUAAAGCGUCUCAGAACGGACACGCGCAGCUGGUCGUGUUCAUCCUGCAGCAGGGAUCCAAAGUGCUUCUUGACUUACCAGACAGAGAAAAAGGGGACACCGCCUUGCACAAAGCCGCCUUAGAGAAGCAGCAUGCAGUGUGUCGACUGCUGGUGGAGGCAGGAGCAUCGCUGGAGAAAACCAACUUUCAGGGGAAGACACCAGUGGACCAAGCAGAGGGAGACUCUGAGCUCAUCUCCUACCUGAGCAGCCAAAAAACAUCGUCUACCCCCCAUGAGGACUUGGAAACAGCAGUCUGACACGCACACACACACACACACACUUCCACAGUGGCACUGUGCAUCCAAAAGUGAAUGGACAUGUCUGCGUGGACCCCCGGCGGCAGCAGCAGUGGACGAUGUUUUAUUUCAUCAGCUAUUUAUUUCUAUUUAUUUGUUCCUAAUUCUAUUUAUUGGCGGUUCCGCUGGGCCGAGCAGCUGAUUGUUGGGGCAAAAGUGCACUUUGAGCAGCCGGGCGACGGAGUGCGUUUUUUGACUCCGAAGCAUAAAAACUGAUGGACGUGUUUGCGCUUUUACGUUCAGCCCCGUCGGACCUUUUUGUGCCAAAGACAUUCUUGCAGAUCCGUCUCUCUGAGGAAAAAAGGCGCUCGUAUCGUUACCUGAUGCUAUCUUUCACCUUGCACCCGUUUCAAAAACCACAAAAAGCCCCAACGGAAAUGAUGACAGGAGGGGGAAAAAAUGCUUGUUUCAAGAUUUUUAAUUACAGUCGUCCCUCACUCUAUCGCGGUUUUUCAAAAAUUGCUGUUUCGGGGUUGAAUAUUCAAGUAUAAAAUGGCUAAAUCAACUGACUAAGUAAACUACUGUAAAAUACACACAAGGCAGAAGCAUUCUACUGCUGUGUUCUACAUCGGCCUCUAGGUGGCACUGUUCGGUGGGACAGGCACUCAACUCUUCAUGAUAUGCGAUACCGCUGAUUUCAUCUCCGAUUCGAUACUGAGUAAAAUUCAGGCUGGUAUCGGCGAUACCGAUACUUUGUGCAAAUUCACCGAUUGUGUCUGGUACAUUUUUAAAAGUCAUAACAUAAAGAACACAAGAUAUUUCAUUUAUUCAUUAAAAAUAGUAAUAGUAACAAUUCAUAAAUUGUACAUUAAAAAGAUUGAUUAUUAAUUUCACUGAAUUAAUAAUGUAAUAUUUUAAAACCUGAAGUAUAUUACACAACAAGAGAAAAGCAGAUGACAAAAUCAUAUCAAAUAUGCAAAAAGGUUAACUUUGAUUUUCUAAAAAAGAAAAUAAGUAAAAUAAUAAGAAUAAUACCUACUUUAAAGAAUGAAAACAAUGCACACAUGGCUCCAUUUACGUUUCAUUAGACAAACGUUUCGGACAAACAUUACCUUAAACGACUGAAGCAUCCAAAGUAUCGAUAUUUUGAUUUGAGAAUCAUUUUCAGAGCGUGUGGAGCCGGUAUCGGCGGUAUAGAUAUUUCAAUAUUUGAAGCCGCCAUUACAAUACAUGGACAUAUUACAAUACUUCCGUGUAUUGUACAAUAAAUCGAGGUAUUGUCAUGGCAGAAGUACGUUGUCCAGGAAAAAAAACAACAAGGAAAUGCUAACGUGUGAGCCUUUGCUAUCUUAUUUGUGUCUAAUAUGUCUUAUUUUCUCUGAUUAUAUCAACUAUAUUGGGUAAUAGGAGUGUAAAAGUGACUAUAGGGGUGUUAUUUCCUGUCUUGAGGGCUCUAAUAAUGUUAAAAACCAUAUCUAGAAGAUUGUCGACAAGUUGUUACUAUGCCAUAACUACGAAAAUAUUCUAUUGAAUAUACUGAAUCCUUCCUAAUUCUCUUAUCCUGGUCAGGUGUGGAACCAAAUAACCGUGAUAAAGCAAAGGGACGACUGUAGUUUGAACGCAAACACAGACGUGUCCAAUUACUUCGCCUUUGUGGCCCCCUGGUGGCUGAUUGCAUAAACACCGCCUCCUCACCUGCGGUGACGUCAUUUGGGAGAAAUGACAAAGAAAUGGUCAUAUUUACGUAAAUAUUUGUUGGAUUUUGAGGUUGGUCUACUGGAAAAAAGAGAAAACAACCGUUUUCAAGCUUUUCUGAAAAAAAAUGUAAAUGUAAACUUUGGUAUAACAAACAUUUGUGCUGUUUCUACGUGCUUGGCUGAUGAUCAAUGGACAACAUCUUGAUCAUCAGGUGAAACAAACCAGUCCAGUUCUGAAUAUUUGCAGUGUGAGGUGGAAAAAAAGUUGCAUUCAGACAUCCCAAAUGUCGCCCAAAGAGAUUCAGUGCGAAUCUGUCAUAUCAGCCAGGAUAGGACCCUCCCGUUUUUCCCGGGAAACUCCCGCAUUUUCCCCCAUUUUUCCCUCAUUUUCCAAUGCAAAUGUUGACAUUUCAUGUCAAUAUUGUUGUCAAGCGAGGGAUGCAGUGUUUCAACGACUAACUGCUAACUCUUCAGCUGCCAUCCAACACAUCUUGUAAUGUUUUACUCUGUAUGUGUGUGUGUGUGUGUGUGUGCGUGUGUGAGACAAAACUCUGAGCCAUAUUCGAUGCAAUAUGAACAGACGAGGUGGUUUACAUUACAUUAAUGUUUUUAAGCUAGUCGAAGCUCUUGCCGAAGGUGCUUCAGCGCAGGCGGGGUUCAAGUUCUUCUUCUAUUUUGUCCUCCCACGCCACGGACUGAAAAUACGUCGCCGUCGUCGUAGAGGUCCACUUUCUUCAUGGCACGCGUUCUCCGCUUUCACAUUUAACCCUGAGCCAGCUGAGGCUACUAACAGACAUUUUUGUUAAAAAGUCAGUAUAAAGUGCGCACGCGGCGUUUUGAGAUCAAUGUUUGCUUCGAUUUUGGUGAAUUUCUGGUCGUUUCCUGACUUUUCUUGAAUGACUUGCCUUGGAAAGAGUCAAACACGCUUGGAUGGAAAA